AUGGCUGCCCUGGACUUUUUGAUCAGUUUUGAAAACCUGCGGGAACUGCGGAGGCUGUGUCAUUGGGGCCCCAUCAUCGCCUUGGGAGUCAUCAUCAUCUGUUCUAUUGUGGCAGUCUUAGACUCCAUCCUGUGGUACUGGCCCCUCGAUACCCCAGGGGGGUAUUAACUUCUUGACGCUUAUUAACUGGACUGUUAUGAUUCUGUACAAUUAUUUCAAUGCAAUGUUCAUUGGACCUGGGUUUGUUCCUCUGGGAUGGAAAACCGGAAAGAUCUCAGGACUGCAACUUUCUCCAGUAUUGCAAGGUGUGCGAAGGAUUCAAAUCACCGCGCUCCCAUCACUGCCGAAAAUGCAACAGGUGUGUGAUGAAGAUGGAUCAUCAUUGCCCCUGGAUCAAUAACUGUUGUGGCCAUCGCAAUCACUCAUCGUUCACCCUAUUCCUGCUCUUGGCCCCUUUGGGCUGUAUUCAUGCUUCUUACAUCUUCAUCAUGACUAUGUACACUCAGCUCUACAACCGGAUAUCAUUUGGAUGGAAUUCUGUAAAGAUUGAUAUGAGUGUUUCGCGGCGGGAGCCGGCUCCCAUCGUACCUUUUGGUAUUUCUGCCUUUGCAGUGACACUGUUUGCCUUAGGACUGGCGCUCGGUACAACUAUUGCGGUUGGAAUGCUCUUCUGCAUCCAGAUGAAAGUGAUUUUGCGGAAUAAAACCUCCAUUGAAGCGUGGAUAGAAGAGAAGGCAAAGGACAGAAUUCAGUAUUACCAGACUGGAGAGAAAUUUCUUUUCCCUUACGACCUGGGCAGCCGCUGGCGGAACUUUCGCCAAGUCUUUACCUGGUCCGGCUCUCCGGAGGGGGACGGCAUAGUGUGGUCACUGCGGGAAGGCUGUCGUCCAUAUGAUUUGACGGUGGAGCAGCUUAAACAGAAAGCUGAUAAGAGAGUGCGCAGUGUACGAUACAGAGCUGUAGAGAACUUCAGUGGCGCAUGCUGCCCUAUAACCAAAGGUAUUCGAACCUUCUUUACCACCCCAUGCACGGAGGAGCCACGGAUGAAGCUGAAGAAAGGAGAGCUUGUCUUGGCCACUCGAGGCUUGAAGCACUGGAUGUAUGGAGACAAAAUCUUUGAGGGUGAUGACUUUUCACAAGAUGGACUCAGGGUUCGGGGCUGGUUCCCCAGAAGAUGCGUUGUGAAACAUGUUUCUGAUACAGGAUCUGACCAGUCAGACGAUGAGAAGAAAACAAGAUAG